AUGGAUAUACCGGAGAUCAAGCCAAGCCAGGACAUCGCCGUUGACCUGGUGGUGUCGGUCAUCAACAAGGCCCAGGAGAAACUGGGGAUUCGACAGAACCUAUUCCAGAUUGCCAAAAGCCGCAAUAUCCUGACAAAUGCAGUCAUCCUGUCAAUGAGUGGUCUCCGACCUCCCUUGGCCAUGACCAGCGAGAGAUUAAUCAAGGAUGCCAUCGAGAAGACUUGGCGACUGACUGACGCUCUCUCCUACCACGUUGUCUACUUAGGGGGCUCGCAGGAUGAAUGCUCCCAGUAUUACUAUCAUGAAGUCAUCUUCAGCCAGCCCACAGUCGCAUACCCCAUCCCGCAAGCGACAGUUUCCGUGUACUUCAGACUGGAAGACAAACACGUCGAGCCUCUUGACAAGAAAGAGUUCCCAACGAUGAUAUUUAGAAUAGAAGGACACAACGCGGAACAUGACGUGCGCUACGUGAGGUUAUCUUUGGACUGGAUCCUGGCCGCCCUACAGAUGAAGAUCAAGUUCUUCCAGCGCGUCGAGAAGAUCAGAAUGUUCUGA